AUGGAUUCAAAAAGCUACGACGAGCUACAUGGAAGCAACGACUGGGAUGGUCUUCUUGACCCCUUAGAUCACAGUCUACGCUCUCUCAUCCUCGGCUAUGGUGACCUCUGUUCCGCUGCUGAACGUGCCUUCAAUGACGAUCAGGGCUCCAAGUACUGCGGCUACUGCCACUACGGGAAGAGCUCCUUCUUCAAGGGCCUGAUGCUCCCUUGGGCUGAAUCUAAGUUUCAAGUCACUUCUUUCAUCUAUGCCACCUCAAGCAUCGAGCUUUCUUUGCUCAUUCCUCGCAUGCCUCGUGAAGCUGAUAGUGCCUUCGAUUCAAACUGGAUGGGUUACGUAGCAGUUUCUAACGAUGAGUACAGUAAAUCCAUUGGUCGUCGUGAAAUAUGUGUCGUUUGGCGCGGGACUGUUAGACUUUACGAGUGGAUGGAUGACAUCUUAGGCGCAACGCCUGUGUCAGCUGAGCCACUAGUUCCACCUGUAAAUCGUAGUAGCGCUACGCUAACUGAUGAAGUUAAGAAGAUACCACAAAUCAUGGGUGGGUGGCUUAUUAUUUACAACACGAGUGACCCAAAUUCUGAAUUCCUUAAAACAAGUGCUAGAACACAGCUCUUGGGACGAAUCAAUGAGUUGCUGAUCAAGUACAAGAAUGAAAAAGUAAGCAUAACAUGCACCGGACACAGCCUUGGUGCAUGCCUAGCAACUUUAUCUGCGGUUGACCUUGCUGCCAACGUUGGUGUCAAUGUAUCUGCGUUUGUUUUCGAGUCUCCUCAAGUGGGUAACCAGGCUUUCAAAUCAAAGAUCGAGGAAAUGGCUAACCUUAAAGUGUUGAGGGUAAAGAAUGUUCCCGAUAUUAUCCCGUUUUGGCCAAGCAAGCUACUGAAAUGGGUUAACGAAAAGCAUUGGGUGACUGUGCCAAGUGAUUUGUUGGAGUACGUUGAUGUUGGGAUCGAGAUACUGAUUGAUACCAAGAAGUCACCAUACUUGAAGGAGGAAAAUGGGUUGAAUGGAAUGCUACAUCCAAUGGUUUUCCAUAACUUGGAGGGUGUUUUGCAUACUUUGAGUGGUUGGAUUGGAAUGAAUGGAGAAUUUGAUUGGAGUUUGGAGAAGAGAGAUUUAGGUUUGGUAAAUAUGUCGACUGAUUAUCUGAAGGAUGAAUUGAAGAUACCAGGGACUUGGUGGGGUGAGAAGAACAAAGGAAUGGUGCUUAAUGAUGAUGGUCAUUGGGUUUUGUCACCAAUAGAUCCGAAUGAUCAAGAUCUACCAGUGUACUAA